CAGCACCAGUGGCGCCUUUGGUCCCUGCAAAGUUCACCCAGUAGGAUUGUUCCUGCAGACACAGAUCCAAUCAUGUCGAAGACAAAGGAUAUGGGCUCUAGCAUCAUCCACACCCAGCAGCUGCACGCUGCCAUGGCCGAUACCUACAUCGAGCACAUGUGCCUGCUGGACAUCGACUCUGAACCGGCCGUGUCUCGCAACACUGGCAUCAUCUGCACAAUCGGACCUGCCUCCCGAUCUGUGGAUAUGGCCAAGGAAAUGAUCAAGGCUGGGAUGAACAUUGCAAGAAUGAACUUCUCUCAUGGCACACAUGAAUACCAUGCUGAGACCAUCAAGAAUGUCCGUGAGGCAGCUGAGAGCUUUGGACAAGGAACUGCUGAGUACAGACCACUGGCCAUUGCUCUGGACACCAAGGGACCAGAAAUCAGGACCGGACUCAUCAAGGGAAGUGGCACCGCCGAGGUUGAGCUGAAGAAGGGUGAGACCAUCAAGGUCACCUUCGACGACCAGUACAUGGAGAAGUGCGAUGAGAAAAUUCUGUGGCUCGACUACAAGAACAUCACUAAGGUCGUGCAGACCGGAAGCCACGUCUUCAUUGAUGAUGGUCUGAUUUCCCUCAAGGUCAAGGAAAUCGGCAACGACUACCUGAUGUGUGAGAUUGAGAACGGUGGUAUGCUGGGCAGCAAGAAGGGCGUCAACCUGCCCGGAGCUGCUGUCGACCUGCCUGCCUUGUCUGAGAAGGACAUCCAGGACCUGCAGUUCGGCGUGGAGCAGGGUGUCGACAUGGUCUUCGCAUCUUUCAUCCGUAAGGCCGCUGACGUUCAGGCUGUCAGGAAGGCGCUGGGUGAGAAGGGUAAGGACAUCAAGAUCAUCAGCAAGCUGGAGAACCACGAGGGUGUGCGCAGAUUUGAUGAGAUCCUGGAGGCCAGCGAUGGCAUCAUGGUUGCCCGUGGAGACCUGGGUAUUGAAAUCCCAACAGAGAAGGUCUUCAUCGCCCAGAAGAUGAUGACCGGCAGGUGCAACAGGAUCGGCAAGCCCGUCAUCUGCGCCACACAGAUGCUGGAGAGUAUGACCAAGAAACCUCGCCCUACUCGCGCUGAGGCCAGUGAUGUUGCCAACGCUGUGCUGGAUGGCAAUGACUGCAUCAUGCUGAGCGGUGAGACUGCCAAGGGAGAUUACCCCCUGGAGGCUGUGCGCACACAGCACAUGAUUGCCCGUGAAGCCGAGGCAGCCAUGUUCCACAGGCAGAUGUUCGAGGAGCUGCGUCGCACCUCUCAUCUGACCCGUGACCCCACAGAGUCCGUCGCUAUUGGCGCCGUUGAGGCUUCCUUCAAGUGCUGCGCCAGCGCCAUCAUUGUGCUCACCAAGUCUGGCAGGUCUGCUCACAUGCUGUCGAGGUACAGGCCCCGUGCUCCCAUCAUCGCCGUGACCCGCUGUGGUCAGACCGCCCGCCAGGCUCACCUGUACCGCGGCGUCUACCCAGUGCUCUACACCAAGCCUGCCAACGACGUCUGGGCUGAAGACGUUGACCUGCGCGUCAACUUUGCCCUGGAAGUUGGCAAGCACCGCAAAUUCUUCAAGUCUGGAGACGUUGCCAUCGUUGUGACUGGCUGGCGCCCAGGCACCGGUUACACCAACACCAUGAGGGUUGUGUUGGUACCUUGAACUUCCUCAAAGGACAUUAGUAACCGCUCCCCCUCCCCUCUUCUGUAACAUGCCUUCCCUCCAUAUUGGACUCUCUGACGGUUGUCAUAACAGAGUCACAACCAGGCUGAUCCCUCAAAGGACUUUUGAUGGUGUCGGCCACAGACAGCAAUUCCAUGAUUCCAGUCACCAUUAUAUCCAGUUUAUUGUCUAAACCCUGCUGCCAGAGACUGAACUUGAUUCAAAAACAUUUUAGUGGCAACCCCUCUGUUAUGUGAGUGCCUGACUCUGCAUGGUGAACAAAGUGGAGAUCAGAGUUCCUCGACAUAUACUGUCAACUAAAUUUAUGCAAUGAGACACUUCCUUGGUUUUUGGUUCUUUAACUGUUCAAGGAUAAACAUAAAUAUCUGCCGUCAUUGCCCUCUCCCAUGUUUCAUGCUGACAGUUGGCACCAUGUGGCAUUGUGAAGUGAACUUACAUGACUGACUUUCCAUUAAAAAGAACCAUUGAAAAAUC